GACGCGGAGCUAACUGCUCCGACCGUGGAGAAUGUCCGUGUGGUCGUCCGUGUUCGUCCCAUGGACCAGCGGGAGAAGCUGGAGGGGUCCCCUAACUGCAUUUCCGUGGAUCCUGUCAACAACACCGUUGCAGUCACCAGGAAUAAUGUGAUUCCACCUGAGCCUCCUCGGAUCUAUGCUUAUGAUGCUGUCUUCGACAGUAACACGAGUCAGAUGGACAUAUACAUCCAAACCGCCAGCCCCAUAGUAGAAGAAGUCCUGCGCGGGUACAACGGCACCAUAUUCGCGUACGGGCAGACUGGCACCGGCAAGACUUACACCAUGGCGGGCGCCAACGCCGCGCCAGAGCUGCGCGGGAUCAUACCCAACUCCUUCGCGCACAUAUUCAGCCACAUAGCCAAAGCUAACGACGAUGAGAAGUUCUUGGUAUGCGUAACAUACCUGGAGAUUUACAACGAAGAGGUGCGCGACUUGUUAGGCAACAAUCCGCACCAGAGCUUGGAGGUGAAAGAGAGGCCCGACAUCGGCGUGUUUGUCAAAGAUCUCACAGGGUACGUGGUGCACAACGCGGAUGAACUGGAGAAGAUUAUGGCGGUCGGGAACAAGAAUAGACAAGUCGGAGCCACUGCGAUGAAUACGGAGAGCUCCCGGUCUCACGCUAUAUUCAGUAUUACUGUGGAGUCGAGCAAACGCGGCGCCGACGGCAAGAUGCACGUGAAGAUGGGGAAACUGCACCUUGUGGACUUGGCUGGCUCGGAACGUCAGAGCAAGACUCAAGCCACCGGCACCCGACUCAAAGAAGCCACUAAGAUCAACCAGUCUCUAUCCGUACUGGGUAAUGUUAUAUCAGCGCUCGUCGACGGCAAGUCUACGCAUAUACCGUAUAGGAACUCCAAACUGACAAGAUUGCUGCAAGACUCGCUUGGUGGAAACUCGAAGACUGUUAUGAUAGCCACCAUCGGACCGGCGGAGACCAAUUACGUGGAGACAAUAAGCACUCUGCGUUACGCAAACAGAGCCAAGAAUAUUGAGAACAAGACGCACGUUAACAGCGAGCCGGGAGAUGCGUUGCUGACAAGAUUCCAGCAAGAGAUCGACCAGCUCAAAAAACAGUUGGAGGAGGCUGCGAACGAAAUCGAAGAUGAAGAAGAGGGACUUAAGUCUGAAGAAGAGUUGUCCGACGAAACCCUUACCGAGCCUGAAAUGGACAAUCUCGACCCUGAAGAGAAGAAGACAAGGCGUAAAAUGCGACGCGAAGAAAAGGAGAAAUUGAACCGUGAGAAAGCUCACCAAGCGAGGAAAGUUCUCGAAGAAAAGAAGGCGGAACUUCAAAGGACAAAGAAACAGCAGGAAGAGCUCAAAGAGAAAUUACAGCGCCUUGAAUCCAAAGUGCUUGUGGGUGGAGAAAAUCUUCUAGACAAAGCCGACGCACAGAGAAGAUUGUUAGAGCAAGCCGCCUUUGAACUGGAGCAGAGAAGACUCAACGAGUUGCGGUUACAGCAAGACUUGCAGAAGAAGGAGGCGGAAAGGUUGGACCUAGAAGAACGUUACUCCAGCCUUCAAGAAGAGAACGCAGCAAAGACUAGGAAACUGAAACGGGCUGUGCAACUGCUGAAUUCAGCAAAGGCUGAGUUGGCUGAUCAGCAGAGGGAACAGCAGAGGGAGAUGGAGGGAAUUCUGGACAGCGUGAGAGCUUUGAAAAGGGAGAUACAAUUGGCUGAUUUGGUGCUGGACUCUUACAUACCUAAGGAAUACCAGGCGUUGAUCGAGAAAUACGUGCAUUGGAACGAGCAAUUAGGCGAGUGGCAAGUCCGUUGCGUGGCCUACACCGGCAACAAUAUGGCCACCAUGCAACACACGACGCCGCCGAAAUAUAUGGAGCCACCGGACCUAUCGAAUCGGUACUUGUCCUACAGUAGCGUCAACAGUCGACCGGCGACUAGACUCGCCAGACCACACACCGCCGUACCGAGACCCCAUACUAGCCUUCGACAGAGGCAGUAA